AUGGCGGCCUUCCGUGACAUGGAGGAAGUGAGCCAGGGGCUGCUGAGCCUGCUGGGUGCCAACCGCGCCGAGGCGCAGCAACGGCGGCUGCUGAGGCGCCACGAGCAGGUGGUGGAGCGGCUGCUGGAGACGCAAGACGGUGCCGAACAGCGGCUGCGAGAGGUCCUCACUGCGGAGAAGGAGGUGGCCCAGAGCCUCCUUAACGCGAAGGACCAGGCACACCAGGGCGGCGUUGAGUUGCAGCAGCUUGAAGUGGAGCUUCAGAGGGCCAGCGAGGAAGACGCCCGCCUGAAGGCCAGCCUCCUAUAUCCUUUCCUGUGUCUCAGCAGAGAGCUGGAGGAGCUCAAGGAGAUCGAGGCCGAUCUCGAAAGACAAGAGAGGGAGGUUGACGAAGACACGACAGUCACCAUCCCUUCAGCCGUGUAUGUGGCUCAACUUUAUCGCCGAAUUAGUAAAAUUGAGUGGGAUUAUGAAUGUGAGCCGGGGAUGAUCAAAGGCAUCCAUCAUGGCCCCAGCGUUGCUCAGCCCAUCCACCUGGACAGCACCCAGCUCUCCAAGAAAUUCAUCAGCGACUAUCUCUGGAGCUUGGUGGACACGGAGUGGUAGCCAGGAGCCUCUGGGGCUGCAUCGUACAGUCCCACACAGUGGGAAUCAGCCCGUGGUGGGUGGUCAGUGCCUCAGUGGUGAGAUCAGCUUAAAAUUAAAUGUUUAUACGUAAAGGAGUUUUUUUUACUGGCUUUCUUCCCCCGUUCCCCCCUCUUGACUUUGGCCUCAAAUGCUGGAGUAGGUAACCAAAGAAAACUGACUUAACUGUGCCAGGCCUGUGA